AUGAUUAACGAACCUAUGAUUCAAUGUCCGAAAGGGACAUUUUGUGAAGAACGUACCGGUUUUUGUUGUGGAAUCGACUCGGCAACAACCGUUGAUUUAAAAAGGCCAAAGGUCGGUGAAAAGUGUUCUCCAAUUGAGGGAUGCAUGGGUAAUGCAGCAUGUAUAUGCGCUGAUGCUAAAAACUGUACGUGUCAGUGUCCUAGCGAAUUUGGCUAUAGUCUUGACGUGGAUGGCAUUCACUGUAAGAGGCUACGGAGAAGGCUUAAAGAAAAGUGCAAAACAAAUGCUGAGUGUCAAGCGGCAUAUUCAGAGUGUACUUCCGGUGGAUGUAGAUGCAAAAUUGGAUUUCAGAGAGAUAAAAAUGGUGGUUGCAAACCAACUGCUUAUCGUUGUGCUAACAAGCUUGAACCGUUGAAAAAAGGUGAAAAAAUCAGGACGUGCAAACUGGACCCUUAUCAGAAUGGAAAACAAGAAGAUACUGAGGAUACUGGCUCAGUGAAACCUAACCAGUCGAAGUUAUACAACAAUGAAUUUGCGAACGACGGAACGUUGUUUGAGAAGACUACCAGUGAUGAUUGCCCAAACCAGUACUACUGUGUUCCUCUUUUUGAUCAUCCAAAGACAGGGCUUCUUCAGGUAUUCGGGAACCGCUUUCCCUUAUAUAGUUUUUUAUCAAUUACUAGAACUUUUCUAAAACUAUCCAGUUAACC